GGAGGAGGAAGAGGGGGAAAAAGCCGGAGCUGCCAAAUUGGCCGCGGACGAGCUGAUCUCUUUAAUGGACCGCUGAAUUGUUAAAUGACACAGCGAUGAAUGUUGUGAUUUCUCUCCCCUGAUACAAGAUAGCUUUAUCCGGAGCUGCAGCAGCUUUGCCCGCCUGUCGCUUUUCCAUGCAUAGCCUUUGCAGGGUCAAGAUGCAGUUUCGGACUGUGCUGGACGUGAAAGUCGUGGACGUGGAGAAGAGGCGCAAUCCGUCCAAACACUACGUAUAUCUCAUCAAUGUCACCUACUCUGACAACACCUCCCACAUCAUCUACAGAAGAUACAGCAAAUUCUUUGACCUACAGAUGCAGAUACUUGACAAGUUCCCAAUUGAGGGAGGGCAGAAAGACCCAAAGAAGAGGAUCAUCCCGUUUCUCCCAGGCAAAAUCCUGUUCCGGAGGAGUCAUGUUCGAGACGUGGCCAUGAAGCGGCUGCGUUUCAUCGACGACUAUUGCAGGGCGCUGGUGCGACUCCCCCCUCAGAUUUCUCAGAGUGAGGAGGUGCUGCGUUUCUUUGAGACGAAAACUGAAGACGUCAACCCCCCAGUGGAGGACUAUGGAUCCAAGCGCAAGUCGGGGAUUGACAACUUGGAGCCUAUGGUGCUGGAGCAGUACGUGGCGGUGGCCAACUACGAGAGGCAGGAGAACUCGGAGAUCAGCCUCAAAGCUGGCGAGACGGUGGACGUGAUUGAGAAGAGCGAAAGUGGUUGGUGGUUUGUCAGCACAGCAGAGGAGCAGGGCUGGGUGCCGGCCACAUACCUGGACUCCCAGAAUGGAACUCGAGACGACUUGGAUCUGGGCACUUCCAGGACUGGAGAAGUUACUAAGAGGCGCAAGGCCCAUCUGAAGAGGCUGGACCGCCGCUGGACUCUUGGGGGUAUAGUCAACCGCCAGCAGAGCAGAGAGGAGAAAUAUAUGACAGUGCAGCCGUACACCAGUCAAGGAAAGGAUGAGGUCAGCUUUGAGAAAGGGGUCACCGUGGAGGUCAUCCAAAAAAACCUGGAGGGCUGGUGGUACAUCAGACAUUUAGGGAAAGAGGGCUGGGCCCCUGCCUCUUACUUGAAAAAGGUGAAAGAGGACUUCUCCCCCCGUAAGAAGACCCUGACAGGCCCUGUGGAAAUCAUUGGCAACAUCAUGGAGAUCAGCAACCUGUUGCAAAAGAAGUCAGUCAGUGAGAAGGACAUCCAGACAGACGGAGAGGGUAGCUCCACACCAGAGCGCCACAUCUCCAAGAGUGAGAUCAGCCUGCCAAUGCCCUAUAACUCUGAAAUCAAUGCUGAAACAGGCAGGAGGCUGAGCGCAGGCCGUGACACCAACAGUCCAUGUCUGGGGAUAGCAGCGAGUGCUGCCCUAAAUGAAAAUAAAGGGAGAGGUGAGCCAGGGUCCCCAGCUGUUGCAAGAGUGGCACCACACAGAGUGGAAAUUGGCUUUGAUGCUAUAGGGUCUCCAAACCUGAGACAAAAACCUCCUCCAAGAAGAGAUACCAACUUGGGAUUCCAGUUACCCAAGCCACCAGAGCCCCCUGCUGUGGAAGCAGAGUAUUACACUAUAGCAGAUUUCCAGUCCUCGAUCUCUGAUGGCAUCAGUUUCCGUGGAGGACAAAAGGCUGAUGUGAUAGAGAAGAACCCCGGAGGUUGGUGGUACGUGCAGAUUGGAGAGAUGGAGGGCUGGGCCCCCUGUUCCUACAUCGACAAACGUAAGAAGCCCAACCUCAGCCGUCGAACCAGCACCCUGACCCGGCCCAAAGUCCCACCCCCAGCUCCACCUGUCAAAAAACAAGACUCUGAGGAGACUCCCCCUACUUCUAACUCUGCCUCCAAAGUCUCAGAGUCACCCAGCAGACCUGUGUAUGAGGAACCUGAAUAUGAUGUUCCUGCAAUUGGAUGUGAAGGUGAAUCAGAUACAGAUUCUCUGAAGGAUGAGCGCCCCCUGGAUGUGAAGAUCAGCAGUGUGGUCAGCAACAAGUACCGCAGUUCCCCUCCUUCUAGUAAAGCCUCUCCUCCUGUCUGCAAGGCAUCUCCCGUUUUCAGCCAUCGGAGGGCCUCCUACAGAUCUGGAGAAGAGGUUGCAAAAGAGGAGUGUAUCUAUGAGAAUGAUGGCUUCAGGCCAAGCAGUGGCAUUGAAGGAACCAAAGCCAAAGGUUCCAGUGUGCCCAACUCUCCAAGGAGCUACCAUUCCUCUACCGUCCCACGCAAACCCUCUGGAUCUUCACCUUUAGCCGGUAGACCCAUGAAAACCAUGACACCAGAGAUGAAUCGGCGAAGCCAGACUUUGGGCAGACACAUAGAUAUCAGCCUCAGGUCCCAGGACAACAGCCCCCACUCUUCAUCAGAUGAAUUGAACAGAGGCCCCAAGAAAGGCUCAGGCUUCAGCCGUGAUGUGGAGCAGAGAAUAGGUCAGAGCCCCUCUACUAGGCCCAAGCCCUCUGUCAGACCUAAACCACUCCUGACCAAAUCAGAGCCCCAGAGUCCUGAAAGGAUGGACAUCAGCUCUCUGAGACGCCAGCUGAGGCCCACAAGUCAGUUUCGACAUAGCCUCAAACCUUCACGUGGGGACGAAUCUGAAACAGCCUCUGUUAUUUCGUCAGAGGACUCGAUGUGUUCACGCAGUACCUCCGACCUCUCCUCUGUUUAUUCCAAAGGGAGCCGCGGUGACUCCGACUUGGAAGGUCCUAGUCUCUACCGAUCCCUUGAUGCCUACAAGAAGGCCCAGGACUCUGAGGUCAGCUUUCCAGCUGGGGUUGAGGUCGAGGUUCUGGAGAAGCAGGAGAGCGGUUGGUGGUACAUACGUUGGGGCUCUGAGGAGGGCUGGGCUCCCUCGUACUACCUGGAACCUGUCAGACAAGUGGUCUGUGGUGAUGGUGGUGGUUUAGAAUCAGAUGGACAUGGGAGUGGUGGAAGCAAGUCCAAUAGCCUGGAGAAAAACGAGCAGCAUGUUUUGGCCCUCAAUAACAUCAAUAUUCAGGGUCUUACCCAACAGCAUCAAGGCCUGAGGAGGAACACUCCACCGAUUCCUUCAAAGCCUCCUGGUGGCUUCUCAAAACCAUCUGGGAUGGUUAAUGGAGGUGUACGGAUGAGGAACGGGGUACGCCAAGUGGCAGUGAGGCCUCAGUCUGUAUUUGUGACCACCUCACAGCCAGCUAAGGACACACAUUACAUGACAGGGUCUCUUAGGCGAAAUGACUCACUUGGCAGGAGCGACCACUAUGGCUCUGGUUCUGCCACUCUUGGUGUCCGUCGAAAUGCCUCCUUCAGCACCGUGCGGCCACAUGUGGUUGUUGAAAGUCAGACGAGGCCUGCCGAGCACACCAGCCUGGGGUCCUCAGGAAGCGGAUUCAGCACAAGCAAUGUCCAGGAUGCCCUUAGAGUUAGCCAGCGCAACGGUAUUCCUGUGUCCACAGUCCGGCCCAAGCCCAUAGAGAAGAAUCAACUGAUCCACAACAACCUUGGCAGGGAUGUGUAUGUGUCCAUCGCUGACUAUCGUGGAGAUGAGGAGACUAUGGGUUUCACUGAGGGCACCUGUCUAGAGGUCUUGGAGAGGAACCCCAAUGGAUGGUGGUACUGCCAGGUGCAGGACAGCCUGCUUCCCCGCAAGGGCUGGGUCCCAUCCAACUACCUAGAGCGGAAAAAAUAAAAUCAACCCACAUCUCUCCCCCACCCUUCACCACAGCUCCCCUUUUUGAUGUCUCCAAGGACAUGGGUGGCAUCACUCCUUAAGAAUGUUACCCGCAAUCUCCCAUAAGCAAUAUGUCCUUGAAAAUGUACAUUUAUGAAAAGACUGUGUGAAAAGAAAGCUGUUUUAAUCUGAUAAGGAAGGACACUUUUAGUGCUGGUUUACUAAAAUGUAUACAAAGAGGAUUGUAAAGAUUUUAAGUAUUUUGCCUGGUAAUGAGAGACGAACGUGGGACUGACCACAUUUGAGAAGGACAAUGUCUUUGAGAUAUGAAAUGGUAUGAAUGGGAGUGACAACCUCUAAAAGAGGUUUUGCAUCAUGUAAAACAGAAGUUGAGCAGGGUAAUGGCUAUGCUUAUUCCUGCCCAUCACUGACUAUGAUGGCCGAAAAGUGCCUUUUGUAUUUGAUCACCUAAAUGGAAGUCCUAAAUGGUGGAUGGCAAAACACUAAAUCAACCAAAUCUUUUAAAUGUGCCAUAGGCCUAUGAACACCACCAAGAGUAUUUCCAUAACCAAUUAAGUGCUCUACUAUAGAGUGCAAACAAAGUGAAACGUUUCAAUUUGGAGUGCUUUGAUUGGUCCAAUACACAGAUAAAGAAGAUAGAAAAGUGGAGAUUUAAGGGACUCAAGUCACCAGAGAAUUUACUCAUCUUAAGCCACAGUCAUCAAGAAAACAAACCAACAUUAAAUCUCUUUAUUGGUGUUUUUUAUUUAGUUUCAUUGUUCAUGUUAUAAUGUCUUGUCUUGAUACAAGUCUUCCUUAGAUAAUUAUUUCUGCUUUCUUGUGACAUCUAUUUUCUACCAACAGCCGAGAAUUGGAAAAGUGAAAGCUCCUGGCUCAUGUCUUGUACCAUCUGAAGUGACAUUGGCAAAAUAUACUGUAGGUGCUCUGUUUGAUAAAUUGGCAUAGUGUUGUCGUAAAUCGUCCUCUCAGAGCACUACAAAAAAUCAUUAAUAUUCAUGUUUUUAAUCUCAGAUCUUCUUAUCUGGGAUAACAAAUACAUGAAAUAACCUGUAAUGCUUGAAAAUGCCAGUCAGGUAUUUUAUUUUUCUGGAAAAUCAAAGGAACAAUUUAUAACUUGCUCUCCAGAACAAAACCACCUUAUUUGGGUAGCUAAUAACCUCAAAAUAUGGAAUCAAUUAGUUUACAAAUGUUUAAGUAUACUGUAGUAUUUUUAGUUCCAGGAACAAUUGAUUUUGUAUAUAUUUUGUUUUGUAUUCAUAUAAUAAUAGCGCUGUUGCGGUGAUAUAUUAAAUAAUGACUGGAAAUAAGGUGAAAUAAUACAAUCCCAGGGAAAUACUUGCAUAGCAUUUAGCCCAAAAUGUGAUCAAACCAAAGAGGAAUAUCAUUCAUUGGCUGUUUUUUUGAUAUAUUACUAUUUAUUUAUGGUACAAGUAAUGCAGUGUAUUCAACAAAAUACCUAAAACGAGGUUUCUGAACUGAAAAAAAAACCUUUUCCUAUCAAUACCUGGAAUCACUUGAGACAUUACAACAAGAAGCAAAUUUUAGCAUUAGUUAUUGCUGUGCAGUAUAUGAUAACAGAGUUGUCAUCUUAUUUUAAAGGUGUUUGGGUAUUCCUUUACAUCUUUUUUAUUGUUACGUAGGGUUUAAUAUCAAACAAAGAUAAUACAAAUAAAACGUCAAAUCGAGUUAGAAAAGUUAACGAAAGUUAGAAAAAACUCCCAAAAUGUAGAAGUGAAAUAUUCAGAGCUGAAUUUCAAUUUUCAAGAUUCAAAUGGCUGAUGUUCAAGACUGCUGAAAUACAUUUUCUAACGAACAGUGUGAGCUCUCUGAGCUUAACACUUAACUUUUCAUUAUGUUUCUGCUGGACAGUAUUAUAUUAUUAAACAAAGUACAGUACCUGCUAGAUCGCAGUUAUCUAUUUUAGCAAAACCAUAUUUGAUUUUUGAUGUUAACAUGUAUGUGAUCGCACAGUGACAAUAAUGAGGAACGAAGUGGUUCUGUUUUGUGAAUUAGUGCACUUUAAAACUGUUUUUAUAGUGCAUUAAUGUAAAGAUGCAGUAAAUACCCAGCAUAUUAUUUAUGGAUUUUUUUUUUUUGGUAUUAUUUAAUUUCUUAAUUCUUUCUUUCUUCACCUCAAAUUAGAAAUUCAACUCUUUAAUAGAAGAGUUCUCUCAGUGACAAUAAACAUGCCAAAGUCUCUUGAGUAGAAUUGGAGAAACAGAGACCUCUUGUGGAUGUUAAAAGGUACUACAAUAUGAUUAUGUGAUUAUUUAUUCCAUCCACAAGGUUUAUCAGCCAUCCUACCUCAGUGCAAUAAGAAAUGCACUGCUGGUCAGUGAGUCUGCCCGAAAACUGUACAGAAAUUUGAUGGCUUUUUUUUGUUUUGUUUUUUUGUCUUUUUAAAAAAAAAAUCUCAGUGCAGCUAAAAUAUUUUUGUAGCACGUGUUUUUUAUCGGGCAAUAAUUUAUUUGUGAAAUUUUUUCAAAAGUUUAUUUUUUUAUCUAUGCUGUAUGCUGCAACUUUAGCAAAUCAUGGGCACUUCCUUCAUCUUUAUUGUGCUUUACAUAAUGCCGGAUUUUAAGUAUAUUUAUUAUGAUUAUAUUUUAUUAUGGUUUGACAAUCAGCUUAAGCCCCCUUUAAAAUAUGUGGCAUUAUACAGAUUUGUUACACAAAUUGGACUUCAGUCAGCUUAAUAUGCAAAAUGCAGACUCAGCUGCUCAGCUUAGUUGAUACAAAUUUGAGGUAUAUGCAUUAAUUUUAAUAGAGACUAAAUUUAAAAUAUUACAUGGACACAAAUGAAAAUUAACAAUUAGGAUGCUGAUAUUUGCAAGGCCAUACAUCUUCCCCUUCCCAUCCAGACGAAGGCAUUAUGUAAAUGUGUUGAAUCACCCUUUAACAUUUCGCUUCAGCACAUGUUAUUAUUGUAUGUUGCUUUGUUUGAUUGAGCUGAAUUUACUUGGCUGAAAUUGCAAGGGAAUCGUUCUGUGUCAAGCCAACCAUUUAACUGUGUUGCAUCUAUCUUUAUUCAUGCUUUUCCCCCCUUUUUUUUUUUUCUUAUUACCUAAUUUUGCCCUAAUUUUGUCAAGUUCUGUACCCACGAGGAAUUGUGCAAUAGAAAAAAAUGUUUCAACAAGAGGAAAAAAUAUCACAGGUCUAGCAAAACAUGAACAAUGCCAUUACAUCUGAUGGGAGUAGAUAUCCCCAAUCAAACUGCCCAGUCAUUAGCUUUUACCAUGAUUUUAAGCAUUUCAUAUUUCAGUCUGUCUAAAAGAGCAGAUGUGAAACACCCUAAAGCAUCAGAAAACUAUCAAGCAGACUCAUUGGACCAAAGCAGUUGUAUGUGACACCUCAUAUUAUCUCCUGACGUGAUGGACUUUUAUACUAACUCUAAUUUCUGCUCCUCCUGCCCCGGAUCAACAGUGGACAGUGAUUUGUGAAUAGCAUGGCAGAAACCCACUGACCCAUUCUGUACUGACAUUACAGCCAUCUGGGUCUUCUUCACAGAUGGAGAGCCUUGGGCCCAUCAUCAGGGGCCUCAGCAGCCCUGCUCUGAGCUGUCACGUUCGUGCCUGAAUGGAAUUUUGAUAGUUUCUUGUUUUUGUUUUGUUGUUUUUCUUUUUUCGUUUCCCCCUCCGGAGUCUGUCCUCUCUCUCCACCUACGCGGAUGCCUCUCCUGACAUGUAUCCCACUGUUGUCAAACCAAGUCAGACUUUUUUCCCUCACCAGUCACCAUAGCGAAAGGUGACAUUUGGAACCAUUUGUGACGGCGGGCAAAGAAACGUCAGCAGGAGAGUGUCAGCAGUAAACAAGAGACCGGGGAGAUGCACGCUCCUUCAGGCCAUUUCAGUUCAGUCCUUCAACUUCCAGGAUGUACGCCAAAAAUAGAAACCCUACUUCUUUUUUCCUGAGCCCCAGGCAAGCCUUAUCGGUGUAAGCCACAGGUGAAUACGUCAUUGUGCUGAAGAGUACUCUGAGUUCUCUGUCCUGUUAGGGGUGGCUUGUGUCCAUUUUGUUUGGAUAGUUUGUAGUUAAACUCCACCUUAAAGGAAAAUGUUGCCAUUUCUUAACUUGGGUCAUAUUCUUAUGAUUGUGACAUCUAGAUUCUGACUAUUGGUCAUGUACUCAUCACCUCCUUUGUAAAGGUUUGAGAUGCAUGUGGUUAAGUGCCAACCAUCUGGCUAACCACUUAACAAACUAGCUUUUCUUCAUGUUUCGUGUAUAGCAUUAUUCUAUUUCAACAGAGGUAAACAUGUAAUAUAAUUAAGCCCUGAGAGGCGUUGAUGGCUUAGUACAGGUGGUUAAAGACAUUAGCUGUCAUUCUAACAUUCAGCAUUUGCCUCUAUUGUUUGCCUCCAUUUGAUUUAGCACCUUUAUGGUCGGCCAUCAAAGGGAACUGACUCAUAACCAUCCUCAUAAUAGUCCACAGCAUAACUCUCCAUUGCACAUAGCUGCCUUGAAUUUAAACAGAUCUUCUGUUGUUGUUGCUACCACUUAUCCAGCAUGAACACAUGCUAAAAUCAAGAGUGACCUCUAGCCUCACACAUGUUAACAAACUGGAGUGUGCUUGUUAGUUGGCAAGCUGCCCUUGAAAUACAAAAGCUAAUCCAGGGAGAUAAUUUUAGUCAGACUCAGAGACAAGCGUUCACAAUGAUUAAUGUAAGACUAAAGUUUAUUUGGAAAGUUUUAAUAGGCUCUCUCUGCUUGUCCAGAUACAUGUUUGUUUUGCUGGAGUUGUGUUUUCCAAAUCUCCACAUCUGAGGUGGUGAAUGCUAGGUAAGCAUGACCCAGACCACAAGUAUUAGAAUGAGACCCUGGUUAAUAAAAGAAAACAAAAUUUCCCUUUAAGUUACAUUUUCCUUUUUCAAUCAUGACCCACCAGUCCAGCCCGUCUCAGCCACACUGCUCUCAUACCUGUGUUCAUCCACCCGGCAGAAAGGAAAUGAAAUUGGCGGUGGCAGUAUUUUUACCUUCCACCUGCAUAACGGAGUAUAUGUGCACAUGCCGGCACACACUCGAUGAUGAUGAGGAGUCAUUCAUGCCAGAGGAAAUAUAUGAGUUUCCACACAUAUUCCCGAAGGUCAGCCGGGUGAGACGGGCCCCAGCUAUGCUGUUACCCCACGUCCCUCCCCCGCUCUCUUUUUAUUUUAACAAAUGGAUGGCAACUCUAAGCACCUUAAACUCUAUAAUCCCAAACACUAGCUCCUGCUGUCAUAGCAUAUUCCUCCUGGCUACACGUCCUCUCUGCUUCCCUCUUUUCUUUCCUUGCCACACGAGGCACUUUCAGAACCGUUUUAUAGUUCUAAGUCCUGUUGGAGGAACUACCCCAUUUUUAAAGUGUCUGCUCAUUAGUAACGAUCGUACUUCUUAAAAUAAUGUCAUGAGGAACUUUUUUAGCUACUACUUUAGGGUAGGUAGUCUCCCAGUACAAGAGGAACCUUGAGUGACGUAAGUGUUCGUUGAUUGGUCGAACACAUGAGCCAUUGCAGCACUGGUAACCGCCAUAUUUUAAAACCUGUGCAAAACGUUAGCCGUGUAAGCAACAGCUCUUAAUGUUAGCCUUAAAAUCGGAACACAACAUGGACAAAUGGACCGACAGUGGAGUCCAGGCUUUAUUGAGCCUAUGUGCAAUGUUGUUGUAUCUUGCGCAGAAGUAACAUUGUCAUACCAACCACCAGCUAGCCUACGUCACUACAGCAUUCCUAUUGGUGGUGCGAGUUCAAACGAGAAGAAAAAGCCCUUGAUGAUAUGUAGUUCUCGGGGGAGUUCCCCAGUGGGUAGUUUCUCCAAAGAAGUCCCCAGAACUAUUCGGUUUGAAAGCGCCUAUAUAUAUCCAUACCUCUCCUUCCUCGACAUGGCCAAGCAGUCUAUUCCCGCUGCAGAACGAUUGAGAUAUCUAGGAGGGUUCAGGGGGAGUGUUUGUGUGUGUUUUUUGCAUGAUGAGAUGGAUUGUUUGCAGGUGCGCUCAGGAGAGGAGAAGCUGGAGGUCAAGGAUGAGAUUUGUGAGAGUAGGAUGCAGGGAGACACGAGAUGGAUCAGAUAGCGGAUUGCAGUAGACGAGGUGAGAGGAGCCGUGCUUUGAUAGGAAAUGAAAGGCUAGCGGGCUACCGUUCUGUACACUUAAAAACCCCACGGCCAUGAAAAAUGAUUCCUUCCAACAGGGAGCCCAUUUAAUCAAACUCUUCUACCCACCUUCAGACCCUAAUGAGGUCUCAGCUCCCAAACCUGUGAAAUCUCAUUACUCCAAAUAAUGUUUUAAUUGCAGCAGUGUCUUGAAGCUGCUCGCAAAGAAAAUGCAAGUCAGAGAGAGACAAACAAGUUCACAGUGCAGUAGCUCCUUAUUCUCCAUCUAUAUAUGGAGAAUAAGACAACUGAUCUUAUAUCUAAUAUCUGUCACUGUCUUCAGAUCUAAUGCAGCCCAGAGGGUGUUGAGAGUUGAGCUGAGUGUUGAAUUACUAAAAAGCUAAAAAAAACUUUUUUGGUAUAAGACCAAAAAGGGCUUCAAAUGGUAGAGUCCUUGUCACUUCUCUCUUAUUCCUUUGUGUGUUUGUUGAGAAAAUAAUUGAAUGUUGUUGUAAGUGUAACACAGGAGUUGAAAGUUUUUUCCCCAUCUAAUGAAACAAGCUUUAAUUCAUAAAGGAAAGAAUAAAAAAAGUGUUGAAAUGGAAUAUAAAGUCAACAGCUCCGCAAUGAAGUUGCUGAAUAAAUGAAGGCGGUUGUUUGAUAGAAGGAGGGGUAGGUUUGAUAAGAAAGUUUCAGUAAGUGUGUGGCAGCAGGUGAGAGGUAUUUAGGGGGGAUGAUUUUUGUAGGUUUUUAAUUAAUAUCUAGUUUAAAUGUGAGAGAAGAAAGAGAAAGAACAAGUGAACCUGCAGGGCUUUUUUCUCAAGCAGUAGGGUACAAAAAGAAAGAGAAAAGAAAAAAUCCCCAGCCUCCAAAUCAGAAAAAUGCUUAUUAUUUAUGUCAUUCUGAAAACUUCCUCACAGAAUCACAGCGGGUAUCAGUGGGAGCUGUCUCCGAGCUGCAGAAGGGAGGCUGUGUCGAGGAACGAGGCACGCCGCUGUGUCUCUGUCACACUUUUCUUUGUCUCUGUUUGAAUCCCAGUUCCUAAUUAGCACAACGGCGUGUCUUAAUUAACCUUAGCCAGUCUGAUGAUAUUCCAGCGCUAACAGCUUUCUUAAUCAAGGAUAUUGUGACUGCCUUCCCUCUGGUGCCAGUUGAAGCUCACUCAGCCAUUUUUUUUAUGUGUUUGUGGCAGAGACGAGCUGUCAAAAGUGAUUCAUGUUGAGUGACAGCUGAGGUAGAUUCAUGGGAAGGUGCAGCCAGUUUUAGCCCCAGUGUUGCAUUUAUAGAACAGAAUUUGUCACCGCCGUGCUGUGGAGAGCAGUGUGCCAAAAAAAACAAAAAAAACCUUGGAAGCCCAAUGCCAUCAAGCUCCUGAUGUGUAAAUUCUGAUAACUCCAUCAUCCGUUACCAGCAUGUCAACAACACGAACAAAUACAAAAACAGCUACAGGCCUGGUGUUGGACCAAAGGAGGUGCUAUUCUUUUUUCUUUUCUCUUUUUUUUUAAUAGGCUACCAUUGUUAUGCAAAUUUUGUUGAACUCUUGCAAACUCCUUGUUUUCAAAAGAUAUGCCAUGAGGAAGCUUUAUUCCACGGUAUAUGUCAUUGAAUCAUCCACUGAUGACUGAUCACACAACAUCUUACAUAGUGACACAAGCCAAUCUAUUUGAAACAUCAUCACACUGUACACAAGUGUAUAAUCAUGAAGUAC